GCGAGUCUUGUGUUUGAGCCUUUAGCCCCUAAGACUAUAAGUAGAGAACCAGACUAUGGGCCUUUCGGCCCGUCUUCUGGAUUUCAUAAUCGGUAUCCGUAUAGGUUGUAACAUAGACUGUAAUAGGUGUAGUAGGUACAUGGUCUCGCUUCAAAAUCCGUAAUCUAGUGAACACGAGGUAUGGGUCACUUAUUUAUAAGACUGGCGGCCUUACGCGAAUCAUAAAACCAGGUUUGGUGUGUAUAUUGACGCUGGACCUUUCGACUCUUGUACUCAUCAACCCCCCCACCCACUCUAGUGAUGUACCUGUCCGAGCAGUCGACCGGUGAUCCUGUCGACCUCACCGAAUGCAUCACACGCACUAGUGAUUUUUAUACAGCUGCAGGAGGGUUCGGUGAUGUUUGGCGCUGCAUGCUGCAAACUGAUGAAACGCAAAUUGUGGUUGCAGUCAAAGUGAUCAGGUUUCCAGAUGGGGAGGUCGGUGCACCGAAUGAGAAGGCACUGCGACGUGAACUUGGAACAUGGGGGAUACUUGGUCAUAUGAACAUCGUGCCACUACUAGGCAUAGCACGAGGUUUUAGCCCCUCCAUAUCUAUGGUCUCGCCCUGGUUUGAAAAUGGGUCAUUGAUGGUUUAUCUCCGGAAACAUGAAGGCAUCACUUUGUCUGAUCGCCUCCGCUUACUCGAAGAUGUUACAUCGGGUCUCCAUUAUCUGCAUGGUGUCCCGGUAGUUCACGGUGACUUAACUCCAAACAACGUGCUCCUGAAUAACGACAAAAGGGCUGUCCUCACAGACUUUGGCUUGUCGUCCGUGCUCGGAGAUAUCACCGGCCGCUCAUAUCUUCAACGUUCUUGUGCACAACCAGGAGCACUUCGCUACAGCGCUCCUGAGCUUCUGAAUCUGAGAGAAUCUGAUGCAUCUAUCCCACCCGAUACUCAAAGUGAUGUUUACUCAUUUGGCUGUCUCGCACUUAAAGUACUUUCGGGAAGUGAGCCCUGGGCUGAUGUCAGGCAUGAGAGAUUCAUCAUUAUCAGAGUGGCUGAGGGGCAUACACCACAGAGGCCUGACAGCGGUCCAAUCUUAGAUGCACAUUGGCGACUAAUACAACAAUGUUUCGUACCACCUGGUGCAAUGCCCGCUCGUCCGUCCACAGGUGAUAUCCUGAACUUUCUUAAAAUAGAAUUACAGUUGGAAGAUCAAAAAGUGUCGGUAGUGAAUCGGUCGAACAAGUGCUUCAAUGGAGAUGAAGUUGCAACAUCUUUACAGUACAAAACCACCGUCAGCAAAAUUCCCUUGACAGAUGCCUUCGGGACGAGUUCCAUUGUUAACACAAAUCAACACAUAGCAUCCCCGUUGUCCAACUUAACACCUGGUAUCCCUAGCAAAGGGAAAGACUCUUCGGAGAUGACACGCAAGUUUAAUUUGAAUUUUCUCCGCCGCAACAACGUACAGAAGGGAGGUCGCACUACAUAUUCACAAUGCACAACACGAACGAAAUAUUUGAAACAGGCUGGACUUCCGCGAGGCACAAACAUCGAACGAGAAACUAUGAGCCCCUUUACUGUUAUCGCGACCGCCUCCCUGACGAGAGUGCAAGACUUUGCCGUACCUCCGGGAGGCCUUGGCGAUACUUUCCAGUGUAUCUUGCGGAACGGGGCUUUCAAGAAGGAGAAGGUCGCGGUCAAGUCUAUCAAGGUACGAGAUGACGAUGAAGAGAGCAUUCGGAGGGCCCGAAUAGUCAGCCCCAGCGAUACCGUAAAAAUAUCAACGCUAAUUCCUAGACACAUCAGAUCAUCCUGGCGGAAGUGCAAGGUUGGAUGUCUCUCCGCCACGAAAAUAUAUUGCCUAUCUACGGUACUACAACGGGGUUCGGUUCUAGCCUUCCCUGCUUGGUAUCGCCUUGGACGGAGAAUGGAUCCUUGAGCAGCUACCUGAGCGCCAGGGGUCAAACUCUCUCAAGCACUGCAAAGCUUUCACUGCUAUCUCAUAUCGCAGAUGGGCUCCACUUUCUUCAUUGCAAAAACAUAAUCCAUGGCAAUCUCAGUAGUAAUAAUGUUUUAAUUGACAGUCACCACACCGUCCGUCUUACGGACUAUGGACUGUCUUCAGUCGUAUCUACGUGUGGCGAUCUCUUUCAGUCCUAUCAUUGCGGUGCUUUGCGCUGGACGCCUCCAGAACUGAUCAGCGACGA